CGCGCAGGGCGGGACCCUCGCGGCUUUCCGUCCUAGUCGACCUCCAGGGCUUGGCCGGGCUGGGCAGGCCGACCCUGCUGGCGGCAGAUCGCGGAGGGCCGGGCGAGGUGCGGAGUCACCAGCCUAGUUCAGGUCCCCGGUGGUGGUUUCAAACCAGAAUUGUUCAAGCUCCUGGCAGUCCUGAAGGCUUCGUCUUGGUUUGCUGUUUUUCUACUGUGAUUAUAUCAUGGAAAGUCAAUUAGCAAAAUCAAUUGAAGAACGAACAUUUCAAUACCAGGACUCUCUUCCAUCAUUGCCUGUUCCUUCACUUAAAGAAUCCUUAAAAAAGUAUCUUGAAGCAGUAAAGCCAUUUGCAAAUGAAGAAGAAUAUAAGAAAACGGAAGAAAUAGUUCAAAAGUUUGAAAAUGGAGUUGGUGAGAAAUUGCAUCAGAAAUUACUUGAAAGGGCUAAAGGAAAAAGAAACUGGCUGGAAGAGUGGUGGCUCCAUGUCGCCUACCUGGAUGUGCGUAUCCCAUCACAACUGUAUGUGAACUUUGUGGGCCCCAGCCCCCAUUUCGAACACUACUGGCCCGCGAUGGAAGGCACGCAGUUAGAAAGAGGAAGUUUAAUUCUGUGGCACAACUUGAACUACUGGCAACUGCUAAGAAGAGAAAAGUUGCCUGUACAUAGAUCUGGAAAUACUCCUCUGGACAUGAACCAGUUCCGAAUGUUGUUUUCUACCUGCAAGAUCCCGGGAAUUGCUAGAGAUUCGAUUAUGAAUUAUUUUAGGACUGAGAGUGAAGGGCAUUGUCCAACCCACAUUGCCGUGCUGUGUCGAGGCAGAGCUUUUGUCUUUGAUGUAUUGCAGGAAGGAUGUUUGAUCACCCCACCAGAGCUUCUCAGACAACUGACAUAUAUCCACAAGAAAUGCUCUAGUGAACCUGUUGGACCUGGUAUAGCAGCAUUAACUAGUGAGGAGCGAACUCGAUGGGCAAAGGCUAGAGAAUAUCUGAUUGGUCUUGAUCCAGAGAACUUGACUUUACUAGAAAAAAUUCAAUCCAGUUUAUUUGUGUAUUCCAUAGAAGACACCAGCCCACAUGUAACCCCAGAAGAUUAUUCUGAGAUCUUCGAAAUGCUUCUUGCUGGAGAUCCAGCAGUACGCUGGGGUGACAAGUCCUAUAAUUUGAUAUCCUUUGCUAAUGGAGUAUUUGGCUGUUGUUGUGAUCAUGCUCCUUUCGAUGCAAUGGUUAUGGUGAACGUUGCCCAUUAUGUUGAUGAGAGAGUCUUGGAGACUGAAGGAAGGUGGAAGGGUUCAGAAAAAGUCCGGGAUCUACCGCUCCCUGAAGAGCUGGUUUUCACUGUGGAUGAGAAAAUACGAAAUGACAUCUCCCAAGCCAAAGCCCAGCACCUCAAAGGGGCAUCUGAUCUGCAGAUCGCAGCAUAUGCUUUCACAUCUUUUGGCAAACAUCUCACCAAGAAGGAGGCGUUGCACCCUGACACCUUUAUUCAGCUUGCACUUCAGCUUGCAUAUUACAGACUUCAUGGACGCCCUGGUUGCUGCUAUGAAACAGCUAUGACAAGAUACUUUUACCACGGCCGAACAGAGACUGUGCGCUCCUGUACAGCGGAGGCGGUCAGCUGGUGCCAGGCCAUGCAAGACCCCUCCACCAGUCUUCUGGAACGGCAGCAAAAGAUGUUACAAGCUUUUGAGAAGCAUAAUAAGAUGAUGAAAGACUGUUCAAAUGGAAAAGGGUUUGACCGUCACCUUCUAGGUCUUUUGCUCGUAGCAAAAGAGGAAGGCCUUCCUGUCCCAGAGCUGUUUGAGGACCCGCUUUUCUCCAGAAGUGGAGGAGGCGGGAACUUUGUCCUCUCAACAAGUCUUGUUGGUUACUUACGAAUCCAGGGAGUCGUGGCUCCCAUGGUACACAAUGGAUAUGGAUUUUUCUACCACAUCAGAGACGACAGGUUUGUGGUGGCGUGUUCAGCCUGGAAAUCGUGUCCGGAGACUGAUUCAAAAAAGCUAGUUCAGAUGAUUUUUCAUGCUUUCCAUGAUAUGCUACAGUUGAUGAACACCGCUCAUCUUUAGAGACUCAGAGACACACAGGUCAACUCGGUACAGAGAGUAGAUGGUGAUGUGCCAUGGAGGAAUGCUGACUUCCAGACCUGGUCUGUGUGGUGAUUAGCACAGUCAUGCUCUCUAGAUUUACUCUACCUUAGAAAGCAGAGCAUCUUAAAGCUUCUUGUGUUGCAGCUGAAUGCAAAGUCAGACAUGGGGAAUACAGAACUAUGCAAUGUUUAAGCCUCAACAAUGCAAAUCUGAUUAUUUUAACAAUGCAUAUCCUACUCUAAUUUUAAAAUAUCUUUGUUGGCACAUGUAUAGAUUGUCCUCUGUGAACAUAAUUGUAGACUACUUUUCAAGCACUUUAAUGUUUUCUAAUUGCCAGAAGUUAUAUACAGCACAUGACUAGAUGCUAAUUUCCCUGAAGUCAGUGCCUUCCAUACCCAGCAUAGGGAUACAAGCCUAUUAGGUUUCAUGGGAAAACCACUACAGUUCAAUAGUGAUCUAAAAUAGCUCUUUUGAACAGACAAAAGAAUCAAGUUGCAUUAGAAAUAUUUAUGUGAACACAGGAAGAAAAUCAUAGAAAAACUUGUAUGAUAUGUUGUAGCUCGUUUUGUGAAUGCAAAAUUAAGGCACUUCCAUUUAAACCUAAUUGUUAGAGCUAGACUUUGAAAGGGUUAAAUGUUGAAUAUGAUUCUCAGGAGUUUACAAUUGUUUCCCAUUGCUAUUUCAGUUUAAUGGUUUAUAUUCUCAAAGAAUAAAGCAUCCAGAAUCA